AUGAAUAGCAAUACCAAAAUCCCAGUUGAGGUCAACCCAGACGAGGAUACUGAAUGGAAUGAUAUUCUCCGUGAUUACGGGAUUAUUCCCGAAAAGCCACCUUCGCCAUCUGCUCAAUUGGAGGAGGCAUUAGAGGAAGCGGUUAGGAAACAACAUGAAAAUAGACUAGAGAAUAAAGACAUAGAUGAACUAGAUGCACUUGAGGACGAAGAAGAUGAAGAGUUUCUCAAUUUUUACAAAAAAAAGAGAAUGAAUGAAAUAAAGAAGUUGUCGGAGAAAAAGAAAUACGGACUGGUAUUGCCAAUUAGUAAAAAUGAAUAUGAGGGUGAGAUUACAAAGGCACCUAAGAGAACCACUGUCUUGGUUCAUUUAUCCCUCCAAUCAAGUUUACAAAGUAGACUAUUGGGGUCAUUGCUAUCUGAGUUAGCUAGAAAAUUUCCAGAGUUGAAAAUUUGUGAUAUACCCGCACAGAGGUGCAUUGAAAAUUACCCCGAGUCUAAUUGUCCUACACUUAUCAUAUACAGAGAUGGGAAUGUAUUAAAACAAUACAUCACGUUGACUCAAUUGGGAGGGAAUGCUACGACUUUGAAGGAUAUAGAAAAGGUUUUGAUUGACCUUCAUGUUUUGGAUGAUAGUGAUAAGAGACUUGUAAUCAACGACGAGGAAGACGAAUCUCAACAAGAGAGGAAAUUACACUUUGCAAAGAAGUCAAUUAGGAAUGAACGCAACGACGACGAAGAAGAGGAUGACGACUUUUACGAUUGA